AUGAUUAUUCGAACAGUUUCUCAACAACAUUUUUUUCUUUAUCUCAUAUGUAUAUCAAUAGUAGCAAUAUUUGAUACAUACAAUUCUAUUGUACGAUUAAAACCAGAUAAAACCAAAAAUGAAAAUGAAAAAAAAUCUAAUAAAAAAUUAAAUAAAACAUCCGAUAAAGGAACAUUAAAAUUAAUCUAUUUGACGAAAUAUAUUCCGAAUAUUUUAGCAAUAUUAAUUUAUUAUUUUUUUAAAAAUUCUCAUUAUGCAUCAUUAUUAUCAUCGAAUUUAUCAGCUAUAUUGGGUAUUUUAACAUUCAUAGCUGGUUUUCUUAUUCGACAAAUUGCUAUAAUACAAUUAGGAAAAUUUUAUACAUAUAAAGUCAGUACUACUGAUGAUCAUGAAAUGAUUGAUACAGGUCUUUAUGCAUAUAUGCGACAUCCAGCAUAUACUGGUACAUUUCUUGAAUUAACUGGUGCUGCAUUUCUUUAUAAUCAUUUUAUUUUGUCAUGGUUUAUUUCAUUAUCUUAUUUUAUUGUUAUACAUAAACGUAUUCAACAAGAAGAAAAAAUAUUAAUUGAAAAAUUUGGAUUAAAAUAUCAAGAAUAUAUGAAACGAGCCGGCAUGUUUUUGCCAAAAAUGAAAUAA